UGAUUGUAAUUUCCACCACUCAUUUCUGAUAUACAAUACAAAACGAAAACUUAAAACCGCCCAUUUUUUUGGUCCACAGACCCACCUGACCUCUGUGCCUGAAAGGGCAAGGGAUCCUGCAUCCAUCUUCAGCUCUCUCUUCAGACUCUUCUCAAUCACCUUCUAGUUGUUGCUGAGGGAUUGAUGAAGUUUGAUUGAAGGAAGGGGGAAAUGUCUGCAACUGUGAAGGAUAUGAUUAUUGCAAGGUCGAGAGUGGCGUUGAAGCACAAGUAUGGAGAUCAGAGCCAGUUUGAUACUCAGAGAGGGGGCCGGUCCACGGUUCAUGUGAACCGGCUGGCCGGUCGUGCCCGGCCGGUUCGGUGUCAGGAGCUGCAGAUCAGUGCAAAUGGAUUUGGCAACUUGAAGCAGGGGAAGCAGCUGCAAGCCAUCCUGACUCCGGUUUCAGAUCCUGCACCAACUACCAAGAAGAGAGUGUUUACCUUUGGCAAGGGGAAGAGUGAAGGCAACAAGGGCAUGAAGUCCUUGUUGGGAGGUAAAGGAGCAAACUUGGCAGAAAUGGCGAGCAUUGGUUUGUCAGUGCCACCAGGGCUUACAAUAUCAACAGAAGCAUGCCAAGAGUAUCAGCUCAAUGGCAAAAAACUACCAGAUGGACUGUGGGAAGAGAUAUUGGAAGGCUUAGAGAGCGUUGAAGAGGACAUGGGGGCAUUUCUGGGUGACCCUUCAAAGCCACUCCUCCUUUCUGUCCGCUCUGGCGCCGCUAUUUCCAUGCCUGGCAUGAUGGACACCGUUCUCAACCUUGGACUGAAUGAUGAAGUGGUUGCUGGUUUGGCUGCAAAAAGUGGAGAGCGAUUCGCGUACGACUCAUACAGACGCUUUCUGGACAUGUUUGGAGAUGUUGUAAUGGGAAUUUCACAUUCAUUAUUUGAGGAGAAACUGGAAAAUUUGAAGAAUGUGAAAGGUGUCAAGCUUGAUACUGAACUUACAGCCUCCGAUCUUAAAGAGCUAGUGGAACAAUACAAGAGUGUUUAUAUUGAAGCAAGGGGGGAAAAUUUUCCUUCAGACCCAAAGAAACAAUUGCAGUUGGCUAUCAAGGCGGUUUUUGAUUCCUGGGACAGUUCGAGAGCCAUCAAGUAUCGGAGCAUUAACCAGAUAACUGGGUUAAAGGGUACAGCAGUAAACAUUCAAUGCAUGGUGUUUGGAAACAUGGGAAAUACAUCAGGGACAGGGGUCCUCUUCACUAGGAAUCCGAGCACUGGUGAAAAGAAGCUCUAUGGGGAGUUUCUGAUCAAUGCCCAGGGAGAGGAUGUAGUAGCUGGAAUAAGAACACCAGAGCACUUGGACACCAUGGAAAACUGCAUGCCUGACGCUUACAAGGAGCUUGUGGAGAACUGUGAAAUUUUAGAACGACAUUACAAGGAUAUGAUGGAUAUAGAAUUCACGGUUCAAGAUAAUAGGCUUUGGAUGCUGCAAUGCCGUUCAGGCAAGCGUACAGGAAAAUGUGCAGUGAAGAUUGCUGUAGACAUGGUUAAUGAAGGCCUUGUUGACACUCGCACUGCAAUCAAGAUGGUGGAACCACAGCAUCUCGAUCAACUCCUCCAUCCCCAGUUUGAAGAUCCAUCAGCUUACAAAGACAAAGUAGUUGCCAAGGGGUUGCCUGCAUCUCCGGGAGCUGCUGUGGGGCAGGUUGUAUUCAGUGCUGAUGAUGCUGAAGCAUGGCAUGCACAAGGAAAGAGUGCCAUCUUGGUGAGGACAGAAACAAGUCCAGAGGAUGUGGGUGGUAUGCAUGUAGCCACUGGGAUAUUGACAGCUAGAGGUGGCAUGACAUCUCAUGCAGCUGUUGUAGCCCGAGGAUGGGGAAAGUGCUGUGUUUCUGGUUGUGCUGAUAUCCGUGUUAAUGAUGCUGAGAAGGUUGUUUUGGUUGGAGACAAGGUUAUUCAUGAAGGAGAAUGGAUUUCACUCAAUGGUUCCACAGGAGAGGUGAUCUUAGGCAAACAACCACUCUCCCCUCCGGCUCUGAGUGGCGAUUUGGAGAUCUUCAUGUCUUGGGCUGACAAAAUAAGGCGUAUCAAGGUUAUGGCAAAUGCUGACACCCCAGAAGAUGCAUUCACAGCAAGAAAUAAUGGGGCCGAAGGAAUUGGACUUUGCAGGACAGAACACAUGUUCUUCGCUUCUGAUGAGAGGAUAAAAGCUGUGAGAAAGAUGAUAAUGGCUGUAACACUGGAACAGAGGAAGGCAGCAUUGGACCUGUUGUUACCUUAUCAAAGAUCAGACUUUGAGGGCAUUUUCCGAGCAAUGGAUGGUCUGCCGGUGACAAUUCGGCUGUUAGACCCUCCACUCCAUGAAUUUCUACCAGAAGGUGACUUGGAGCACAUUGUGCAUGAACUAACUGCAGACACUGGCAUGACAGAAGAUGAUGUUUACUCGAGGAUUGAGAAAUUAUCUGAAGUAAAUCCCAUGCUUGGUUUUCGAGGUUGCAGGCUAGGCAUAUCUUACCCGGAGCUAACAGAAAUGCAAGUGCGAGCUAUAUUUCAGGCUGCUGUGAACAUGAGCAACCAAGGAGUCAAGAUCUUCCCAGAGAUAAUGGUUCCCCUUAUUGGAACACCCCAGGAGCUAGGACAUCAAGUACGUUUGAUUCGCGAUGUUGCAAAGAAAGUGUUCUCAGAGAUGGGUUCCUCAUUGGGCUACAAAGUUGGGACCAUGAUUGAAAUUCCUAGAGCUGCUCUGGUUGCAGAUGAGAUUGCAAAGGAGGCAGAAUUCUUCUCCUUUGGGACCAAUGAUCUCACCCAAAUGACAUUCGGCUACAGUAGAGAUGAUGUCGGCAAAUUUCUCCCCAUAUACCUAUCUAAAGGCAUUCUCCAACAUGAUCCAUUUGAGGUACUCGAUCAGAAAGGCGUGGGUCAACUCAUCAAGCUUGCCACCGAAAAAGGCCGAGCAGCUAGGCCAAGCUUGAAGGUCGGCAUAUGCGGGGAGCAUGGCGGGGAGCCUUCUUCUGUUGCAUUCUUUGCAGAGGCUGGACUUGACUAUGUUUCUUGCUCUCCCUUCAGGGUGCCGAUUGCCAGGCUAGCUGCAGCUCAAGUUGCUGUCUGAGGAAGAAACUCCUGUGAGAUAUGAGCGUUGGCUUCAUCUGCAGCCAGCUGUAGAUAAAUAAUCAUGUUCAUAGCAAACAAAUGAUAAAUAAUUACAUUAUAGAAAUGAAAUCAAACUGCACAUAGGAUGCAAGACCAAGAACAGGAUCUCACAAUCUGUAAACGCAGAAACUUGCAGCAGUGCUGAAUAUAUAGUUUGGUUUCAUA